AUGUCGAAGAAAAGUCGCUCUGACUCCAAAUCGUCGCCGCCGCAGCCAGCUAGCUUAAAUGCUAGCUUGGAAAGCAGCGCUGCAGCCUCCAUCGCCCAAACUGUGACGGAGAGGAUCGGCGAGCUGAUGGAGGAGAAAUUCCUGGAUCUGCGAUCUACCGUGGACAGACUGAAUGGUCGUAUAGAUGACAACACCAGGAGGAUAACCGAAUCAGAGAACCGGAUUUCUGAAGAUGAAGACCGUAUUACAUCCCUGGAGAACCAAGUCAGUGAACUCCAGCAGAAAGUGAAAACUCUGACGGAGCGGUGUGACGAUGGGGAGAACCGCAGCCGCAGGGAAAACAUCAGGAUAAUCGGUCUGAAAGAGGGUUCUGAAGGACAAUCUUCGGUGACAUUCUUCGAAUCCUGGCUCCCAGAGGUUCUAGGGAUGGAGACCAAGCGCAGAGUUAUAAAGUUGGACAGGGCGCACCGCGCAUUCGGCCCGCCAAAGGAGGACCGCUGCAGACCCGUCAUCAUCAAGCUGCAUAACUUCACUGACAAACAGCGGAUCCUUACAGCGGCCAGGGAGAAAGGAGAGAUCAUCUACAAAGGCAGCAGGAUCUACAUUCGUCAGGACUUCUCGGCUCAGGUGCGUGAAGCCCGACAGAAUUUUAACGGAAUGUGCCAGCGCCUGAUCAAAAGAGGGGUCCGGUUCUCCAUGCGCUACCCCGCCACGCUCUGCUUCAGCCUUAAAGGAGCGGAGCGGUCUUUCAGGAGCGCACAGGCAGCAGAGGAGUUCCUGGAUAAAAACGGUUUGAAAUAA